CUGCUGCUUGCCGCGGGCUAAAGCCCGCGCACGGAACCUGAUAACUGUGGUAACGCCUCUCCUUUACGCUUAUCACGUACAGCGUGGACCGAGCGUCCCUCCAGCUGGCUCAACCGGAGCGAGUGAGUCGCUUGACGACGCCGCAAGCAGCUGCCGAUGAAGCAAGCCGCGCAAUCCGCACUCUCGCAUCCCCACGUGUUUUCAGCGCCGCGCUACACAAGCACGCGCGUCGUCUGCUUCGGAUGCUGUUCUGCUGCUUCAGGGCCUGGCCAACGUUGUUGGCUUUACAACUGAGCUCUCGACUCGGGGGCGCACUGGAGCAACUGCAUGGCGCUUCCGGUUGACUCACGUACGAAAGACGCUGCAAACACAAGACCAGCAACGUCAUCGUUCACGCUCACCGCCGGGAAUCCGGACUGACUCGCUCUGUUAUCAGCUGGGCUCCACCGCGAGAUGAGCAGGCUGGCGUGCUACGCUAGGCUUAUCGACGUCCCCAUCUUGUCCGUUCGGCACUUCGGCGAUAACCGACGCGGAGUCGUCGAUGUUGUCGCGUCCUCUUCAGCGGCGGCGGAUGCGCUUAACAGCCGAUCUCACUCAAUUGUCACGCGCGCGGACGGAACGUGUGCAGACGGUUUUGUCGGCAGGCGGGGUACCGCCACGUUGUGUGCAGUUGGAUUCCUAAACGCUUACGCGAAUUUCGCCAACCAGCAGCUCCAAGGAGAACGAACCCUGUCACCGCGCCGGGCAUGGCGGGAAGAAAGCAGAAGCUCUGAAUACUAGGGCGAGCCAGCGAGUUCUCCCGGCGUCUCCGCAACCAGGGGCGGCGGCGGCGGCGGUCCCGUCGUCACAGCAGUCGACAUGUCCAAGGCGGCGACGGCGACCGGUGGCGGCGGCAGCGGAGGCGGCUGCGGUCGCGUCUACGCGGCGCUGGUGCUGUCGGGCCUGUUCUUCCUGGCCGAGAUCGUGGCGUCGCACGUGACCCACUCGCUGGUGCUGCUCAUCUACGCCUACCAGAUGCUGUACAACGUGCUGGCGCUGGUGCUGCUCGUCAUCAGCCACCACAUCUGCCAGGAGCGGACGCUGAAGAACACGUUCGGCUGGGCGCGCGUCGAGGUCCUGGGCACGUUGGUGAACAUGCUGUUCCUGAUGGCGCUCUGCUUCGCCAUCUCGGUGGCGGCCGUGCAGACCAUCGUGCACGCGUCGCACGAGAACACCGAGCCGCACUACCCGAUGCUGCUGCUCUUCUUCGGCAUCCUCGGCCUGGCCGUCGACAUCGUCUGCUACAUCGUCAUCGGAGGCACCCGCGUUCGUCGCGGCUGCAACCUGCGCAUCGUGCAAGGCGCCGAGGUGCAGGUGAACUUCGUGGUGGGCACCGAGUCCGGCACCGAGGAGGAGGACGACCAGGCGCCGCUGCCUUGCCAGAUGCAGCUGCCCGACGAGCCGAGCGCCAAGCAGCUGCAGUCCCUGCUGCCCACGCACGCGCACCACGCGCUCUCCGACGCCAAGAGUUGGCGCUCGUGCCUGCUGGAAGCGAUGCGCACGUGCGGCGGUUGCCUCCUCGUGGUGGGCUGCGCAUGCGCCGUGCACUUCGGAAAGGGGGCGCUGCCGCGGUACGUGGACCCAGUGCUAGCCGUGGUGGCCGUGGCCAUACUCAUAUGCACCUCCUACCCGCGCAUAAAAGAGUCGGGUCUCAUCCUCCUUCAAAACGUUCCGCAUAACGUCGACGUCACCACGAUGCAGAAGAGGAUUAUGCAAGAGUUCCCGUCCAUCCUGAACGUGCACGAGUUCCACCUGUGGCAGCUCACCAACACGCACCUGAUCGCCACGGUGCACAUCGUGUUCGGCUCGCCCGCAGUGUAUGCGUCCGUCGCCGACCGUCUGAACCGUUACCUGCUCGAACAGGGGAUCACCUCCACCACGGUGCAGCCCGAGUUCUGUCAGGAGACGCACACGGGCGGCUCCCAGUGCAUCUUGCAGUGCUCGCAGGCCAAGCACUGCGGCUCGCUGACCUGCUGCGGCAGCCACGCCGCCAAGGAGGCCGAGCUGCGGCGACGGAACGCGGCCGCCGUUCAUCCCACGCCGAACGGCGACGGCCUGCUGGCCCUGCCAGCCAGCGCUGCAGUAAGCCCCUCCAGGGCAUCCUCGGUCGUGAGCCUGGACAGCCAAGUGCUGUGCGAACUGGGCGGACUCAAGGAGACCGACCUGUAGCCAGCACUGCGCGCCGUGCCUGUUCGCUUUCUCUUCGUGAACCCUUUGCGCCAUGCGCAGAGGCAACGAAAUGUCCAUCCACCCGCCGGGCAACGCUCAGCUGGGCGGCAGGAAAGGACGCUGUGUCGGCAUUGUUCGUUCUUUGCAGAUUGAAUGCAAGGAUCAGGAGGAUCGGCGGACGUGCGACCAUGCGAUCGAUGCAUUCCCCGGAGGACCGUGCUGGAAGACGUCGGCUCUCGCAGGUCUGUCCUGUACAUACGGUCAUCGGUAUGGAUGACGUCACCGGACCACGCAUUGAAAGCAGCAGUGUGUAAGAAGGAAAGGACAGCGCCGCGCGGUCAAAGUGCGGGUAUUGGACUGGUCUGAAGCAGAGGCCGCCAUCAAAGUUGCAGGGAACUGCGUAUCGAUGCAAGCUUUCGGUAAUCGCGCAUUCGGUGUGGAUGCUAUAAUCCGCAGAGGUAGACCCGCGCCCGUUCGGUGUUGAACAGCCAGCGACGACGUCCGUGGUCUACCGAACGGCGGGCAGUGUUGUCACGCCACGAUUAUUACGCAGCAUUCCGAACACAAGUGUUGCCUAUUCAAUUGAUUCCCCUGUCUGGUCAGUCAAACCGUGACGCAAUGAGGGUCGCGCGUUUUUUGCUUGGCGAACGCGGCAUUAAAUAACCCAUAUAGUUUUGUGCCAAAACGUACGUUUUCGUUUAAUGGUCGCCGCGAAUUAGGGCCACAACGCGUUACGCCCUCGCUCACGCGGACAGAACGGGGUCGAGCAUGCGUGCAGGCGCGCCGCACGCUUCAGCGACAGCGCAAAGCAGCGCCAAGUCGUCGUAUAUCCGUGCAGCGUUGUCAAAGCAGUAGAUGCGGCUGAUGCCAGUCCAGUCAGCCUAGAUGGCGCGUUGGACCUCUGUACGAUUUGGCCUCCAUGUAUGCUAUGCACGUACCUGUUUCUCCAGUCAAAGACUUUCUAGUCUCGCAGGCGCCUUGCACCGCAGGCGCCUUGCACCGCGUGCUCACAAAUUGCUGAACCUGCAUUACAUCCGUAAAAUUCGGUAGACGUUUACGUCCGAUGUGUAACUAAUAUAUGUACCGCGCUAUAGGACACGCGAAAGUUACAUUAUAGCGCUCCCUCACAGUUUCCUCGGUUCUGCACGGAACUGGCGACACCGAACGCGAUUCAGGAGGAGCGGCUGCGUGGAAUGGAUCUCCAGAGAACAUGUGUGAACUAUUUGCUCACCGCGAUGGAACGGUGCAAGACCGAGGCUUCUGGCGUUCGUUUUUGCCCGAAGCGCAGCUACGCCUUUGAGUGUGUAUUUGUCGUGAUCCUACUGUAUGCGGCCUUCGAGGCUGUACGGAUAGUGCCUUGAUGGUAAAGCCGAAUGAUCGUCGCUAAUGCGUUUUGGAGCGGAGCAAGACAGACUUUCUUUUUGCGUGUGUGUGGCUGUGUUGUGUGCGUGUUGUUAUGAACGCAUUCCUAUAGAUCCGAUGUUUUCACGGUGUGCUUGAAAGCAAAGCCACAAAAGAAAAGAAAACGGUAAGGAAAGCUGGAAGGUAUAUGGGGAAAUGGUAGAGCAUAGAGUUGAUGUAGGGGGGGGGGGGGGGGGAUCAUGUUUAAAUGUUCCGGAAUUUUUUAAAGUCCCCUGUGCCAGAUAGAAUAAUUCUUGUCCUUGAGCUGAAUUAUCUGAAGAGGCGGAUAUCACUAACACGAGAAAUCGAAACAUAUUCUAAUAAUUAACGAAAAUAGACUUAUUAACUUCUUAAAUACUUUAAGACACAUAUUACAAUUUACGAAUUGUAGCCGGUAAGUUUGCAAGGCGUACUCACUUGGAAAUGAUUUCCAGAAUGACACGAGUUUCCAGGUAUUUCCGAAAGUGUGGGAUGAAAUACAUGGGCGUUCCAGUUACUUUUGUGCUUCAGUGCAUAAAAUAGUGUCUUGUUAAAAAAAAGUAACUAGAACAACAGUGAAUUUUUACGGCAAGUUUGAUGGCGCAUAUCUCCAAACUGGCGUCAUUCUGGAAAUUCAUUCCAAGCGGUAUGCCUUGAGAAAUCGCCGGCUACGAUUCUUAAAUAACGAUAUGUGCCGUAAAGUAAUUAAGUUAAUUAGUGAUUUUGUUUGAGCCGUUGAAUACGUGCUUCUAUUUCUCCUGCAAGAUUUGUCCACCUCUCCAAAUGUCCAGCUCAAGGAAUGGAAUCACGUUAUCUGCAACAGGCAAUUUUUGUUAUUUUUUUCGUGAAACUUGAAAAAGACUGCUCCGUAUAGUGACUAUAUGGAAGAAACGCGUUGUUUGCUGUGUUCGAAUGUGAGUAAGUACGAUAUUCAGAGAUAAGCUCCUCAGUUGCGAAAAAGUAAUUAAGUAAUAUUUCAAGUGGAAAUUUUCGAGGAUAUGUAAUUGUGGAAUUUAAACCACACACCCGUGAACACAGAUUCGUUUACGUUUCAUUUACAUUACAUAGGGCGUUGCGUCGGGAAAGCCGACGCGGCAUCGUGCGCUGGAAGGCUCGUAAGCUGGUGGUUAGCUGCGCUGAACGACAUAUCGCGAGGCUAUAGGUCCACCUGGAGCCAAUAGCAUUCUCCUCCUUCAUUUACGUUAAACAUGAUCACUUGAGCUACAGAUAUGUUGUUGCGUUUCUCACUUCCAAGGGACAGGGCUGUAACGCACAAUGCGGUCGGUUGCCUUGCAUUCAUUCCAUGGUACAACUGUGUUCUUUGUGGCCCACGGUCUUAUAAUGCUGCAGUUCCAAAACAAGAAAAAGUUAUGGUGCUUUAUAUCAAUAUUUCAAGAUUAAAAACAAGGAAAGAAAAGGCUAUAGGUACUGCCGACGUGAAAGCAUCCCGGGUCAGAAUGUAGUAUAUCUGUUCUAUAAACAUGUCUAUGUAUACGUACAGUAGGAGUCACGCCUUGUCGUAUUAUCCGCUUAAUGCGUUUAUACCGCCUUAUAUAACCUAUUGAUAGCACUUUGCUGAGCAAGAAGGGAAGAGUUCUGCAUGACGUCGUCGCAAAGAAGCGUCAGAGGUGCCGUUAAUUUUAGUGCAGGCAGAAUAUAUUCCAUGCAAGCUACUGCCGCGAAUUUUCUCGGACGACGGGAUUUAUUUGAGCAAUGUUUUUUUUUCUAAUUUACUUGGCGAAUGCUAUAUUGUCCAAUGCGGCAAGAAUCGAACGGAAAGUGUCUGCUCUCUUUGCCUGUGCUAUCUGUCGUGACGCCCCAUUUUUUUCGCAAACACGCAGCUGAUGCAUAUAAGUGAGGACUAAAGAAGUUAUCGAAUCAAAGUAGUUGGGGGCGCGCGUGGUAAAGGCGUGCAGAUGACACUGUUUAUGUCCUUUACAGCAGCAGAGUGGGGAAAACGUCCCGAAGGUAGGAAGUGGUCCGGAAGUACAAAGCGCGUUGCGUGAUACCACGCAGGAGUACAAACGAUAUCACUGUGUCUACAAACUGUCUGUUUGUCACACACCAGAAUAUCCUUUUCAAACUUCGUAUAGGCAUUGUUCAUGAACGAAGCCUUGCUCGUGUGGGCCCCGGUCAUUUGCCCAUAAAAUGCAGCAAAAGCUCAGUUAAAGAAUAGGUAUCCGCUCAGAAAUUUUUCACUGAAGCGUUUGUAUAUAUAUAUUUUUAUUGUGCCCGCAGACUCGAACCUUCCUGCCCUUGGCAUAGGAAAGUCAAACUGCGUCAUGGUACCCUGAGAAUGCUCCUCGGCGCAUAAUCUGCCUCCAUGUGCUAUAACUUAUGACCCCCCCCCCCCCCCCCCCCGAGCCAUAUACGCCACAUUGGUAAUUUUCCUGUGUUUUCAGCUACGCGGCCAUGGGAACUCAAGUCUAUUCGUAUAGGUUGCUACUUUCUGCUACGGUUACCUGAUAUCUUUUGGAGCUCUAGUUGCCAAAGGCUAGUAUAAUGACCCUGACUUGCAUACCGGAGAAAGGGUGCAUUGUAUCACUGCGCUUAAAUGGCAUACAUAUGUAACUUCAUUGUUAGGGUCCGCCGCUCGUGCCGGAGUGAAACAACAAUCGUUGCCUAGAAUUCUCACUCGGCAAAUGCACGCAUUCAAGCGCGUCAUUCCUUUAAUAAAACAAAUAGCUUUCUAGAAGCGUUCGGCUAUCGGCUUACCUUGGCAAUCAUCGUCGAUGGUUUCUGCACAACUUUCUUUUUUUUUUCUCUCUUUAACAUUUUAGCAAUACAAAUUUUGUGAAAGUGUGUUCGAGUUUUGUAUAUCGGUACAACUGUUUCCAAAUGUGUCCAACGGUGAUGUGUGCUGGGUGUUUCGCUCACCCGUCAACCCUGCUGUUACUGGACCCAAGAUGGUCGCUUGCUCUAAAGUUGCGAGCCCUGAACCUAUAAUGCUCUGCGGUUUUAGCAAAGAGAUGCGUUCAUGCUUGUAUACGCAUAUAGGAUCAUCGGGGCAUUCUUCAGUAGCGGACGUCGUGUGCUCGACUCCUACAGCAAAUUAUUUUACGAAGCUAUCUGUCCGAGUACUUGAACCGUUAUUGUUACCUGGGCAAAGCUGUCUCACUGAAGCCCACCAAUGUUGUUUCUUUACUUGCUUCGUUGUUAGAAGGUACACAAAGCAAGAAAUUGUGUGCGGCUUUUCUGGGGCGAGCUUUCGUCCGAAAUUCGCCGCUCCGGCGCUAUCCUAUAUGACUUCUGUAUACGUUGUUGUCAGCGCUUUGAUUUCACUCAGGGCCAUAAAAAUAGGCGUAGGCGAAAGCAGGAGAGAGUGGGUGUGUGGUGCAGAGGGGGACCGGGUCUCGCGACAAACCCCUCACCCCGACGAUCCAGCGUGAGGCGUAGAGGUACGUCUUCACUUGCGGAAAUAAGCGCGAGUAAGGCGGCGCGCGUUUCUGCGGCAAGAAUUAUCUAUAGAAUAGCAGCUUGGGCUUGUUGGUUUUCCAUCCUGGUGUUAACAUCGCAAGACGUAGACGGGACACGAGACGAGAAGACGACACCGCAAGUGAGGACGUAUACCUUAACAUUGCCGAGACGAGGCCGACCCAGUAUGGGAAACAUGAGAAUUGAAUUGGUGCGCUGGUGCUCAUUAUGCGGCGCCAUUAUUUAACAAGUUUCGCUGUUCAAAGUCACUCGUCUUCCCGGGGUACACUGUAAAAUAAAUUACGCUCUUAAAAGUCAAUAUGGGUGUAAAUCGGUCUAUAACUCGCACCACUACACGCAAAAAUGGUGUAAUGGUGUAAUUGUCACCCUUAUUCACUUUUAGGGGUGUAAAUUAUUUUACAGUGUGCGCAACUGAAAGGCUGAACUAUCUUUCGCCGUAAUAUUUAUGUAUACGGAGGGUAAAUAACAAUCCCUGCAGGGCUAAUGUGGCUCUCGCGUUGUUUUAAGCGAGCUAAAUGGUGAUGAAAAGGUGGUGAGGGCUAUAUGCCUUUCCCCGUGGACAUAUGACCUCCUGGCCACCCCUGUCUCAAUCGUGCGUACGCCUGUGCUCGUAACACACUGGCCGAUUGUGUCUUACGAAGUUAUGCGUGUUUUCGGCACCACUUUUUCGACUGUAAACGCUUGAUAGCAGGAUGCUUUUGUACGUGCGUUUAGGGAGUGCGUCUCGAAAUCGCCCCAAAGUGGCGAUGUUCAAAGUGCCUGUUGCUUUCAGUGGAAAAGCGUUAUGUCUUUGCCAUUUGUUGAUGUGAACGUGCCAACGCGUACGGUAUUAAUAAGCGUUCUGCUCAACCUUGCGCUGUGAUAAGUUUGAGGGCGGGGGAGAGUGCCCUAUGUCGCUGAAUAAAGAAACUAUCGGAUUUUA